UGCGGCAUAUAAAGCUGCCCAAGGCCCGCUCUGCCGCUUCCCACCCGUGACCAUGAAGGCUGUGCUGCUUGCCCUGUUGGUCACAGGCUUGGCCCUGAAGCCAGGCUCCGCCCUGCAGUGCUACACCUGCAGGGGCCAGGUGAGCAACAAGAACUGCCUACAGGUGCACAACUGCACUGAGUCGGAUACGCAGUGCUGGACCGAGCGCAUCCGCGCCGUAGGCCUCCUGACCGUCAUCAGCAAAGGCUGCAGCUCACACUGCGAGGAUGGCUCUCAGGACUACUACCUGGGCAAGAAGAACAUCACGUGCUGUGACACUGACUUGUGCAACGCCAGCGGGGCCCAUGCCCUGCAGCCGGCUGCCGCCACCCUGGCACCGCUCACCGCACUCGGCCUGCUGUUCUGGGGUCUCAGCCAGCUGUAGGCUCCCGGAGGCCCCGCUGCAGCCCCCACUGGGUGUGGUGCCCCAGGCCCCUGUGCCACUCCUCACACACCCUGCCCAGUGGGAGCCUGUCCUGGUUCCUGAGGGCACGUCCUAACACAGGUCUGGCCCUGUCCCUCUGCCUCCCACCCCCUCCCCCACCCUGACCCUCCCAUGGCCCUCUCCAGGACUCCCACCUGGCAGGCCGGCUCUAGCGACACAGAUCAGCCUGCAGACGGCCCCUCCAAUCCACACUGCUGCUGUCUCCAUGGCCUAGUGUUCCCCACCCUUAACCCUGUGCUCAGGCACCUCUUCCUCCAGGAAGCCUUCCCUGCCCACCCCAUCUAUGACCAGAGCCAGGUCUGGUUGUGACCCGGGCCCUCCAGCAGGGAGCAGGCCCGCAGGAGGGCCGGCAAAGGCUGAGAUGAAGUAGACGGAGCAGAGCUGGAGGGCGGGUUGGUGUGAGGUCCUGGGAGUCUCCGGAGACGGGGCCUCGUGGCCUGGAGGGAGGGGCCAGCCCUCACAUUCACGGGGCUCCCUCAAUGGCAGCCCCAGCACAGCGUAGGCCCUUAAUAAACACCUGCUGAUAAGCAAGA